AUGACGAAAUUUGACAAAAACCUAUUGACUCCGUGUCCAACUCUACGCCCCUCUGAGGCUGAAUUUAUGGAUCCUGUUGGAUAUUUAUCUAGCGGUCCUAUAUCGGAAUUGGGUAAAAAAUAUGGUAUUGUCAAAAUUAUUCCGCCAGAGAGCUGGAAACCUGGUUUUCAAAUUUCACCUUCUUUCAAGUUUCACGUGAGACAACAAGUCAUUAGUGAUUUGGGAAUCACUACUAGAUCAAGGAAGUUCUUUAGAGAAAGCAUUAACAGAUUUUUGAACAUGAGAAGAAAGCGGUUAUUGAAGCUAAGUUUCACGGUUGAUGGUCACAAAGUGUAUUAUUACGAUUUAUACGUACUCGUGGAGAAAUUGGGAGGUUUUCAAGUGAUGGACAAGUCAAAGUGGCUUGAGGUGAAUAAGAUCUUUGGUGUUGACCCCAAAUCACGAGUGAUUGAAAUGGAGUACAAUGCUUCCAUCAAGUACUAUGCAAAUUUUUUGAAAUGCAACUCAUCAACUGACUUUCCCGAGAGUGAUUCAGAUAGUGAGUCUGAAAGCUGCUUAAUAUGUGGAGAUAACGAGAACCCACAAGAGACCUUACUUUGUGACAAUUGCGACCAUGCUUUCCAUAUGAAAUGUUUAAAUCCGCCUUUGAGUCAAAUUCCAGCAACGAAUUGGUACUGUGACAAGUGCCUCAUUGGCACAGGAGACUAUGGGUUUGAGGAACACCCGGAGAUCAAGUACAGUAUACCCGAGUUUUACAAAAUGUGUCAGGAGUUUGACCACCAGUUUGCCCAGGAUUACUAUGAUGGUAAGAAGCCUACUUUGGAUGAACUAGAGGAGAAAUUUUGGUCUUUUGUGGAUAUUGAAAAGUCGGAUUUGGAAGUGUUAUAUGGAGCUGAUAUACAUAAUUUAAAACCGGGUGAAAUAAGCGGUUUUCCUAUGGUCAACACUCCAGGACUCGACAUAGCAAAUGCAGAAAACCGGUUUUAUAUUAACCAUCCCUACAACCUCACGAAAUUGCCGUUUGCCAAAGGGUCAUUACUAAACUAUAUCAAUACGUCAAUUUCGGGUAUGACUGUGCCUUGGAUAUAUAUAGGUUCCCUUCUUUCAACAUUUUGUUGGCAUGUCGAAGAUCAUUAUACACUAUCCGCCAACUAUUGCCACUUUGGAGCAACUAAAAAGUGGUAUGGAAUUCCCUCAUCUCAUGCCGAUCGAUUUGAAAAGUUGAUGAGAAAGUCUGCCCCCGACUUGUUCAAAAAGCAACCUGACCUACUACAUCAAUUGGUUACACUAAUAAACCCAGUAGAAUUGGUACGAAACGGUAUACCUUGUGUUUAUGCUGAUCAAGGUCCAAGGGAAUUUGUAAUCACAUACCCCAAAGUUUAUCAUGCGGGGUUCAAUAGUGGAUUUAAUUUUAACGAAGCAGUCAACUUUGCCAUGGAUGAUUGGUUGGAGUUUGGAGAACGAUCAGUGUUCGAUUACAGACCCAUUAAGAAGGAAGAUGUUUUCAAUUACCAUGAACUUGUGGAAAACAUUUUAAAAGAUUUUAACCAUCACCCAAAGAGUGGAAAUUUAGACUUGGCAAGGAGAAGUGUAGAUGUGCUUGAGAGAUUUCUACAUCACCAAGAAAUUCUUUUGAGCAAUACCAAGCUCAAAAAUAUGGACAUGGAGCACAGACCAAAAGCCUACAAAAAGCGCCAGUUUGAUUUAGAGCAAAAAGGUGAGGUUGAGGAUGAGGAAGAGGACUUAUGCUCCAAUUGUAAAACGCAUUUGGGUUAUCAAUAUUGUGAGUUUCAUGAUGCGCCAGAUGGUAAUAUCAAAUCUAUUCGAGAUGAGAUCAAGCAAGAGAAUGUGGGAAAUGUGCAAAAUCACCAGCUCCCAACUCCUGAAAUUUCACCUCAGGAGAUUGUCGUUAAAGAAUCUUCAAGUGCAGAUGCAACCACUAUAUCUGAAUUUUCCAGCUCCAAGCAACUAGAAGCUUUGGGUAAAGCUUCUUGUGAAAUGGAUGAGUUUGACCAAUUGAUUUUACAAGCAAAAAAGAGAUCUUGUGAGCCAGAAGAGGAAUCAAAUUCCAAAAGACGUAAGUCGAAGAGAUUAAUGUCCUUAGAAGAGCAACAAUACCAAAAAAAAAAGGUAACGACGCAUGCCAAUGAAAAAAUGAAGGGAAUGAGAAGGACUAGUCAUAAGAAGAAAAAAGGCACUGGGGCCAGAAGAUUUUGUUUAAGAUGUACGUUAGACUUUGAUCAAAUUCCUAGUGUAACUAAAGUAAUAUAUCAGAGCUAUCCCCAACAAUUGAGACAAACAGUUGAUGAAGCAAAGGCGAAUUUGUGUUCACUACAAGUUGUAUAG